AAGAAAACAGUGAUUAGGUGGAACUAAAGAUUAGGGAAAUUGUGGGGAAGGAGUUUGGUGUGGCCACCAAAUCCUAUUUAAGGGCAGCCUAGGUAGAUAAUGCUAUUGAGGUGCCAGCAGAAGGAGCUUGAACUGCUUUGAACUACAUUUUAUGUGAGAUGCUUGUCACUGGUUUCUAGGACACUUCAGACACAUGACAGAAGCUUGGUACUUUGUCUCCUUCAUAUCAGUAAAGACCCUUAGCCUCCAGUGCUGGUGCCUACAAAAGGGUGGGUUAGUCCUCUCCAUCACACUGCGGUUGGUUCUUGUGUUGCUACAGCAGAGCUCCCACCAUGGGGAGCAGACUUAGCAAAAGGAAGCAUCUUGGUGUACCUGACAAAUCUACAGACCAGAAGGCUGAGAAGGCAUCCAUGGAGAUGGAAGGGACCCCACAAAAGUCACCUGAGACCCAUUUUGCUGCAGAGACGGCACUAGAUGCCACCCAAGUCAUGGGCAAGGCCCACUGCACUGAAGAGCCUGCACCAGGGACCACAGAAGAGACUGAGAUCCAGACUGCUACAGAGCAUGGUGAGGCCCAGCCCAGUGCAGAGACUACUGAAGGGAAUGAGUCACAGCCAGAAGCACAGAUGCCACCGGCAGUUCCCCAAAUCACCGAGACCCACCUUGAUAUGGAGACUUCAGAACACACUGGUGAGGCACAGCCUGUUGAGGAGAGUUCAUUAGAUCCCACAGAUGAGACUGAAGCUGCCAUUGAGCAUGAUGAAUCUUCUCCUACAGGAGAGACCACAGAGAUGACUGAAACCCAACUUAAUGCACUGCACGACCAAGGGACGGAGGCCCAGUUUGCUGGUGAGAUUCAUCCCAUUGAAAUUAGUGUAUUGAAGAUGGAGGACCAGCCUCCUGAACAGAAUGGAGAAGAAACUGAGGUGCCGGUUGCAAUGCCAACCAUGCAAGAGGCUCUCGGAGAGGCCGAGCCUGCUGCACAGACCCCACAAAUGACGGGUGAGGCAGAGUCCAUUGUAGAGACUGCACUAGCCUCCACAGACGUGAUAGUGGCUCAGCUUGCUGUGCAGGACACACAGCUAGGUGAGAUGCAACUUGCUGAAAUGGGUGAGUCCCAGAAAGUAACUGAUCAUGCUGAGGCCUGUUUUACUGCAGAGCCUGUGGAGGUGACUGAGGCACAACCUGCUUCCCCAAGCACGUACCAGAGCCUCCAAGACACUGAGGGGUCCCAGCCUCUUGCAGAGAAGUCUCUAGAACCCACAGACGUGAGUGAGGUGCCUAGUGCAGAAACCUCCAAAGGGAAUGAGUCACAGCCAGAGGUACAGAUGCCACCGGCAGUCCCUCAAAUCACUGAGACCCACCUUGACAUGGAGACAUCAGAACACACUGGUGAGGCACAGCGUGUUGAGGAGAGUCCAUUAGAUCCCACAGAUGAGACUGAAGCUGCCACUGAGCACGAUGAGCCUUCUCCUACAGGAGAGACCACAGAGAUGACUGAAACCCAACUUAAUGCACUGCACGACCAAGGGACUGAGGCCCAGUUUGCUGGUGAGAUUCAUCCCAUUGAAAUUAGUGUAUUGAAGAUGGAGGACCAGCCUCCUGAACAGAAUGGAGAAGAAACUGAGGUGCCGGUUGCAAUGCCAACCAUGCAAGAGGCUCUCGGAGAGGCCGAGCCUGCUGCACAGACCCCACAAAUGACAGGGGAGGCAGAGUCCAUUGUAGAGACUGCACUAGCCUCCACAGACGUGAUAGUGGCUCAGCUUGUUGUGCAGGACACACAGCUAGGUGAGAUGCAACUUGCUGAAAUGGGUGAGUCCCAGAAAGUAACUGAUCAUGCUGAGGCCUGCUCUACUGCAGAGCCUGUGGAGGUGACUGAGGCACAACCUGCUUCCCCAAGCAUGUACCAGAGCCUCCAAGACACUGAGGGGUCCCAGCCUCUUGCAGUGAAGUCCCUAGAGAUCACAGAAGUGAGUGAGGUGCAAAGUAUUGCACGAGCCAUAGAGGAGACUAAUGAGGGCCAGCGAAUUGCACAGACCAUGAAGGCUAAAGUCUGCUCUCCUGAAAAGUCUGGUCAAAAGACGACAGAAAUAAUGAUUGGGUCACAGUCUGCUGCAGUGACUACAGGAGAGUCUGGUGAGGCUCAACCCAUUGAGCCUCCUAGCAUCGCAGAAGUGGCUGAGGCACAGAACGCGGCCAAGAACAGUGAAGACCAACCUUCAUCAGAGACCACAGAGGUGACUAGAACACCACCUACCACACUACAUGUACCAAAGACCAAAGCAGUGGCUGGUGAGGGCCAGCCUGCCAUUGAGACCUCAGAGGUAAUGGCUGAUCCCCAGCCUGCUAGGCUAGGCAAGCCAGACACUGAGGCCCACAAGACUGUACAAAGCACAGAAGAAAUUGGUGAGGGACCAACUGCUCUGCCAGCUGUGCAAGGCAUCCUGCAAGAGCUGCUGCCUGCUGGUGAAGCCCAGCAAGUUGUAGAGCUCGUAGAAGAGAUCCUGCAUGUGACUGGUGAGACCCAACUUCUUGCAGAGACGGAGUCCCAGAAUACCACAGAGAACAACAAGGCCCAUCCUAUUCCGGAGACUGAGGCAGCGUCUGUCCCAAACACACACACUCCUCAGGAGCUUGGUGCACGGCCAACUGGAGAGACUGCAAAAGCAGCUGAGGGGAAAUCUUCUGAAGACAUGGUGCUAGACACUGCCAAAGUAAAGGAGGUUCCACCUGCUGGGGAAAACCAGGCCCAUCCCAACACCAAGGUCAGAGAAGCAACGGAGGCACAGGCUGCUGGCACAGACGCACAGGAGAGUCACCAAGAGGCUGAGACCAUGAAGGAAACUGUGACCCAAUCUACUGAAUGGAGCAUGCCAGAGGGUGGUGGGGCUCAGCCUACUGUAGAAGCAGCUAGGGUGCAAACUGCUGCACCUAUUGCACAAAAGUCUGAGCCUGCUACAGAGACGACAGCCGGUAAUGGUGAGUUCCGUCCUAUUGUGCAGGCCACAGAAGAGAUGGCAGUUCCCCUUGUUGCUGAGACUGUGAUACACAUGGCUGUCCCAGCCACACAAGAGCUAGCCCAAGACUCUAGUGAGAUGCAGCCUAUUGGACUGCAUGUGCAAGAGACUGAGGUGCAGUCUGCUGCACAGACAGCUGAAGUGUACACAACAGCACUAACCAUUCUAAAGUUUAUUAAAGAGACCACUGAGGCUGCUGCUAAGACCACAGAAGAAAAUGAAGCCUGUCCUAUUCCAAGGACUGUGCUGGAAACCCCAGAAGAGGCUGAGUCUCUGCAAUCAUUGAUGGAGACCACAGAUUUAAAGAUUAAGAGGGGUCAAGAGCCUCAAAUCCCAACUAAUAUAACAGGCCAGGAAGGAGGGAAACAUGCAGCAAUAAGCAAGGAAGAAAUUCUGAAAGCUUCUGAGACAGAGAUCUCUGUAGAUGCUGAGUCAGAGCUACAGCAAUACACUGAGCAAGAAGAUCCAUCUGCUUCUCUUGGUGCCAGCUGUGAGCUCCCUCAGACACUGGAGCCCAGUAGUGAGACACAAGCUUUCCAGCCUCUGGAAUCCAUAAUGACUGCAGUAGAUGAGAGAGGAGUCCAAGGGGAGCCUAAACAGACUCUUUCAGCUUUUGAAACUCAAGGCAGAAAGGGGGAAAUGGCCCUACAUUCAGACUGUGGACCUACUGGUAAUGAAGCUGUGCCUUCAAAGGAGAUCUCUGCAAGAGAAGCAUCUGAUCUUAUUCAUAUGGCCUGAAAGCUUCUAUCCCCAGCAGAAGAGAAACUGGAUCCCAGCAAUAUUGGCAGCCCAAAACAAAUAAACGGAGUUCCUGUACCUGAGCUGUGCUAUAUGCCUUGCCCAAAACAUCCCAUGAAGCUGCGGUUGUGUAGAAUUCAGAUAUAGUAUAAUGGGAAUUCUGCCAAUAUUAAUCUCAUCUUUUAUAGAUGGUAACAACUGAAAGUACAGCUCAUCUGUGUCUAAACUUCUGUUAACGUGCUGUCUGUAGGAGUGUCUUCCCUUAUUAAGUAAUGUGUAUUAAGAAUGCCUUGCAGAAGGCUGAAUACCAGCUGGACCUCCGAAGUCUAUAUUUUAACACCUUAAUUACCAUUCUCCCUAUUACCUACACCCUUCACAACACUGAACACUUAAAUUUUAAUCCCUCACUAUCUUCUGGGUAAUGAAUAUUCUCACCUGAAUUAGCCUACAGAGAGCUGUCAAGCUAAUGCACAUACCAUUCACUUCUCAUUAGAAUUUGAGGUCCACUUUCUGACAGAUACCUAAAGGCCACUUAGUAUUGUAGAAUAAGCUACUGAAAUUAUGUAACUGUCUAACCAUUGCAAGUUAACAUGCAUCCAUACUACACACAGUUGGGAAGAGGAUACACUUGAGUUCAGAGAAGAGGAGACAUGAGCCUGUGUAUUGUACUGUCAAAUGCUAGACUUGUUUUAAUGUUUGUGUCAAUAAACAGUAUUUUAUGCUCAUCACUCAGUGUCUCUGCACAUUGCUCAUCUUGUCUGCCCUUCUGUUUUCUACAUAACUAUUGCCCUUUGCGUGAACAGGGAGGCUUUGCUGCAUGUUAACCAGCCUAUUGAGAGUGCAACUUGUACUAUUACAGAAUCCAAACUAGAAAGGGGCCUGGGUGCUCCCUGGUAGCAAAGGCUGGGACUUUCAAAGCAGCCUAAGGGAGUUGGACAAGCCAGCUUCCAUUAACAAAUGCCCUUAGGCUACUCUGAAAAUUCCUGCCUCAAUCAAGACUGGAGUUUUGCCAAAUGCUUCAGGGCUUAUCUUAAAAACAAAAGUUGUACUGACUUAAUUAUACCUGUGUAAUUUUAAAACCAUGUCAUGGCCCACCUCUCCAGUGUGGCUGUGGUUAUCCUAGCAUAGCUUACACCUCCCUGGGAAGGAGAAUGAGCUAGAGUUGUAGAAAGCACAUCUGAGUUAUACCCGCAUAAACAUAAUUGUUAGUAGUACAAAAACUGUAGAGCCAGCUUCAUAU